AUGCGCACUGUCACCAUCGCCCUUCUUUGCUUCCUCUUGCUAGUAGCUCUCGACAUCGGUCGCAUCGCCGCAUCAUUUGGCGUCUUUCCGCUGGUUGUUCGCUAUCUCCGCACCUUCGUCUCGUACCUAUACUGGGAGAUCUGCUGGGAAGUCUACUAUCAGUUCACCCACAAUUUCGAAGGAGUUCCCCUCUACCUCCGCUUCAUCGCACUCCUCAUCUGCAUCUACCUCACCUUUUACCUAUACGUAUAUAUCAAGUAUACCUACUGGAUAGGCUCUCAUCCCGAGGCCGACCAAGAUCACCCCCAUGAACCUGCCGAAAAGGGACAAUCGCAAGACACGAAGCUCCCUGUCACUCCCACCGUCGCUCACAUCACACCGCCGCCCGUCACACUACCGCCUGCAGAGCCAGCGCCUCCUUCAUAUCCUCCGCCGUUCGAGUUCCCCUUCACCAACUUCCGCGGCACCGGCGAGUCGUUCGCACACUCCGAUCGACGCGACCCGACACACUAUCCCGUUCUUCAACUGUCGACUUCUUGGGGCAAUACCCGUCGCAAAGAACGCGAUUACUGGCGGUCUGCACCUAGGCAACCACCACCAGCCUAUACGUCUACCGAGCACGAGAAGGUCGCCGCGACACCUACCAUACCGAAGCCAGAAGUGGCUCAAAUCACUACGAAGUCGACAACGACUACCACGAAGGAUCAGGUAGUCAUCGCACCUGCCCAUAAGGUUGUCGAGCUACCUCCGAUAUACACUCCUACCCAACCCCCACCUACCCUCCCAUCAGCUCCCUCGAUCGACCCUCAGCUAAAGGCUUUACAAGAUGUGGAGGAUAAGAAGCAUCUGGUUGUUGCUGAGAUGAAGUCCUUCCUAAGUACCAUCGGUACUGAUGCAGGAUGUGAGGCACCAGCUGCUCAAAUCUUGGCCUUGAUGGUAGCAGCGAAAAUGCACCUGAUGCCAUUCUUCCCAGGAGGGCUUUCUACCCUCAACCGAGAUUUCCUCAUCUGGAAAGACGCAAUUGUCGAGUUCUGGUGCCGAUUUCGGCCAUAUGGGUGGGAGAUCCAAGAGGAUGAAGAUGGGAGGCUGCGAACAUUCCUUCAGCAGUACAGAGAUACUGCCAUCUGGUUGGGGUUGGAACACCAUCUUGAUGACCUCACAGUUAUCCCCAAACCAGCCCAGCCUCCCGCGUCAAGUACGCAAGACCCUCCAGCACCCAAGAUGGGGACGCUGUCCGCCAUCCCCACCACCACCAAGUACCUCCCCGCUCCCGCCAUCCCGAUCGCUCCGCAGCCGCAAAAGGCACCGAGUACCUCCGCGCCUAUCCAACAGGCGCCUCCCCAGCAGCCGAUAGUGGCCCAAGGUGCAACAGCCCUCAUUGACUUCGGCAAUGAAGAUUGGUAUGGCCUGCCGGAGAAACAGCUUAUCCGUCUCACGUGGGAUCGAUUCAGAUGGCCCAACGAGGCAGCCGCCAGUACGACCAUAGGGUCAUUCAAUAUACCAGAGCUUCUUUCGUUACCCACGAAGCAUCCAGAGUUCAUCAUGGCAUCGUAUGUGAAGACGGAGCUUGAGAAAAUGGCGCCAAUCUUCAAACGCGCUUCAGUAGUUCUCCGACUCCAAGGUCGUGGAUGCCCGUUGUUCCGUGAGCACGGACUCGAGAUGGCACCGUUGAUGGGCAACAUGACGGCUUGCCUCUCUCGCGCUGCCGAGAUGACCAAUCAGUGCCAAGAGGUUGCAGAUUGGGAUUCUCGGGAUGAAUGGUACCAAGCCUGUCAGUAUUUCCACCGGAACGUCUUCGGACGAAAGGGGGUGUGGGAUUGGCUGUGUCACCAGUACGACUCCAGGGAUAAGAAAGAGAAAGACAAGCACUACAAGACUCGUCCUCUCAGGGAGUUGUGGGAGAAGAUGGCGCCGACAUGGCUCCCAGACAUCGCAAAGCCUUGA